UUUCUCUUUCCCACACUUGAUGGUUAAAGUGCACUUUGACCUGUGUUUUGUUAUGAGUAUAAAGAAAAGUGUGGGGGCUAUGCUGAUCAGAUAUCUUUCAGGGCAAAGCAAGCAAUACAGCAAUGGAAAGAGAGAAUUCAGAGCUGUACCUGCGCAACUGUCAGAUUAUUCGCGAGAAUGAGAGGCUGCGGAAGAAAGCUCAACGUCUCAACCAGGAGAAUCAAGCUUUGUUAUCAGAGCUGAAACGGAAGUUAGCAGCUAAAAAUGCCAAGCGGAAACCUGGAUUUGAAGUUGAAUUGGGUUCGAAUUCUGUCAGUGAUCAAAUGGAAGCCAACAAACGUCAGGCAAUGGAAUGA